AUGGCGUCGGCACGUAUUCAGAGAUGGGCUCUGUUUCUAAGCCAAUAUCAGUACCGCAUCGAGUACAGGGCCGGCAAGGAAAAUGCCAACGCGGACGCACUCAGCCGUUUGCCUGUGCCGAUACCAGAUGCUUGCAAAUCGGGCACCUUACCAGAAUAUGUGCUGUCUUCAGAGAACCUUGACAGCUCGUGCGUGCCAGCGGGUGCCAUACGGGCGCUGACGAACGCAGAUGAAGACCUCAGCGUUGUGCAGCACUUUGUACUUAAUGGAUGGCCUAAACGCAUGUCACCGUGUCACAAUCACCUUCAACCUUAUUUUUGCAGAAGACUGGAGCUGUCAAGCGCAGAAGGCCUGCUCUACUGGGGUCAUCGCAUCGUCGUACCCCGCAAAGCUCGAGUCUCCAUGCUCGCUGAGCUACAUCGGUCCCACCAGGGUGCAUGUGCGAUGAAAAGACUGGCUCGUACGCUAUUCUGGUGGCCUGGGUUGGAUGGUGAGAUUGAAAGCCUUGCACGUUCGUGCAUCUCUUGUGUACAAGCGCAGCCAAUGCCUCAUCGCCAGGCUCCUAUCUGUUGGCCAGAAACGGGGACCAAGUGGGCACGGCUUCACAUUGACUAUGCCGGACCAAUAGAGGGGCGCAUGCUGUUGAUAGUCGUCGACUCCCAUACCAAGUGGAUCGAGGCACUUCUCGUCAGGUCGGCGACCACAGAAGUCACAAUCGCGCGGCUUCACGAAUUGUUCGCUCGUUUUGGCUUGCCGCAAACAGUUGUAUCAGAUAACGGGCCUCAGUUUGCAAGCCAGCAGUUUUCCCAGUUCAUGACUGCCAACAACAUAACUCAUCUACACAGUGCGCCGUACCACCCACAAUCUAAUGGUCUCGCAGAGCGCGCGGUCCGCACAAUAAAGGAUGGCCUUCUCAAGCACUCUAUGGUGAACGAUCUCGAAACAAAACUAGCACGAGUGCUGCUAGGCUAUCGACGUACCCCACUACCGUGCGGCAAGUCUCCAUCAGAAAUGCUACUGAACUACCAAAUUCGUUCACGCUUGGAUGCUUGUGUCCCUUCUCUACCUCCAAGUUACUCGCAGCCUCCCAGAUUCCAGCCCGGGGACCAGGUCUGGGUGCGCAACUUUGGCCAAGGGAGGCAUUGGCGGCCAGGCAUCGUCAAAAGCACUGAGGGUUCACGGCUGGUAACGGUCGACACUCCAGAUGGUCUAGCCAGGCGUCAUUUGGACCAAAUUUUCCGUCGGGCGCCUGUGUCGCCCGUGGCCCCAAAAGCAGAGGCUCCCGACACACUUCAACCCAGCCCGGACAACAAGAAUCGGCCGACGUCAACGCGAGAAGGCCGGUCCAGUCCGGCUACUCCAGAACCAACUGGCGCCGUGCCUGUUCCUUCGACACCUCCAACAUCCCCCCAGCCCAGCAGGCUCCCUGUUCCCCAAGUCCACCGGUCUUACGGAGGUCUACCCGACAACGAAGACCCGUGCAAAGGCUGCAGUUUUAAGAGAGGGAGAAGUGAUAUGAAGUGCUCGGCUAACACGUGUCAAACAUGA